AUGGAGGCCCAGCAGACGGCAGCGACAGUCCGCCUAACAUUUCCAAAUGACCGUUUAGUUGGCUGGAGGGAUAAACAAGAAUGGUUACAAGUGUUUAACUGGUUAUUCAGCAAUGAAUGGUCGUUGCAAGAGAGAGGCAUUGAACGUGUCGCAGCUUGGAAAAGCAAACGCAAUGAAAAAUUACCUCUUGCAAUUGAAUGCACAAUAAUGUUAAUUCGAGCUUAUCUUAAUGAUGUUUACCAACUGGUUGAUCCAUUGUCAGCAAGAUUAACCUAUUCCAUGUCCUUAGUUCGAUUUAUUAAUUCCAUGACUGACCUCAUGCAAAAUAAAUUAUACGCAAGACCUAUUAGUUAUCUGGCAAACACGAUUGGUUUACCAGACUGGUUAGUAGAUGUACGACAUGAAGCGACUCACGCUGGUCUACCAUCACUCGACGUUUUGAGAACUGCAUGCAAUGUUGCAUUAGAUUGGCUCCGUACUCAGUACUGGGAGAGUCAGUUAGUAUCAUUUCAAGAAACUGAAGAUUUUAUAGCACAAUCCCUAGAAAAGUAUUGGCUGGAACAAGUCGAAGUUGUAAUAAGUAAAAGCAAAAAAAAGAAGCGUACAUCUCCUACUGCAAUAUCGCUUAUUAACAAAAUUAAAAAGCGUGUAACAUGUGAUGACAUUAUUGAAACGAUGAUACCCAUGCUUACGAAAUCGGAUUUUUUCAUACCGACGCUUGCUAAUCUUAAGCGACUGAAUCUGGAUCACACAAGAUUGAAUUGCAAAGCUACCCAUAAGGAGUCCACGUUACCAGAUGAACUUAUUUAUGUUUGGGAACCCAUGCUACUUGAACUGCAAACCGCUUUUCAAAUGUUUUUGCCUCAUUUAAUAACAGAAAUCUUAACUCAACUUGAUGAAGAAAAUGAGGAUGGCAAUCCAUCAAGAGCUUUUAUCAUCACUGCAUGGAUACGUUAUAUUUUUAAUCAAAUAUCUGAAGGUAAAUUCAUUAUCAAUGGCAGUCUCCCAAUUUGGUGGACAGUUUUAAAAACAAUCUUACGAUUUCCAGACCUUUUGUCUUUAGAGAUUACUAAAAGAUUAUUCCAACUGUUAAAUCCAGAACCGAACGAAAAAUUUAAGCAGCAAAUUGUCAAUUUAAUUAGCAUUUACCUAAGAACUCGACAAACUGAUACAACUGAAGAUAAUCAGAUUCAUACGGAUAAAGAGGAGUACACUCCAAACCAAUUAACGGAUAUAUGGAAGACUAAUACAAACAAGUUAUUGAAUAACGAAUGUUCUCAUUUUCGUUCAUGGAAACGAUGCGAAGGCAAUUAUACGUCACCUCAACUUAGUUCAAAUUGA